UGAUUUCUCAAGCCAUUCUAACGUUUAUUUCUACUCAAAGAAAGCUAUUGUGAAUCAAUUGGUCUCACUUUUUGCGCGAGUCAGUGAUUAUAAUGAGGAUAAUCAGCAAGAGUAUUUUAUAUUUCAAUGGAUGAAAGAUACGAUCAUGAAAUGUGUACUUUGGAUGUUGUUUGCUUUACCCUGUUUCUGUAGAGCACGGGCGGAUUCUGGGAGCGACAGUUUUGCUGUCAAUGUCGAAAAUGACGAGAUCGAUUGCUCUAAACCAAUCAGAUGUCCCAGGGAUCUUGUAUUCGCCAUUGACACCUCGUGUUUUGUAUCAAACACAUCAAGAACCAAAAUACGUAAUUUCAUCCGCGAUCUUACGGCCAGGUUGUUCAUUGGCAGUGGGUCUUAUGGCACCAGAGUGGGAAUAAUCACAUACAGUAACAACUAUUACCACCGAGCCUAUUUUGAGGAGGCAACGGAUAGUUCCACUUUAAGGAACAUCAUUAUGACCAUGGAUCUAUCCCAAGAGACGAUAUGCCUGAGACGGACUGAUAUACUUCUCAAUUCGAUACUGAAGAGAUAUUUUACCAAAGAAACUGGUGACAGAGUUGGCAAUGAAUUUGCGAACACUCUUAUACUUAUAACAAAUGGUGCUACUAUGCCAUCUCUGUACAAGGCCAGCACAAUACGUGAAGCGCGGGCGCUUAAGGCCUCUGGGGCCUCUCUUUUGGUGGUGGGAUUCCAAGAAGAUGAUGAUAUCAAUUCCACAAUUGCAAAAGGGAUGUACAAAGCUGCUAUUGAGGAGUGGGAGGAGGUUGUAACGUCCACACAAUUUUUGUUUCAGAUUGGUUCUCUUAAAAAUGCUUCAUCAUUCGUAGAGCCAAUAGUGAAAAUGAUGUGUGAUACCUACAAGUCUUGCAUGUCUCGCAGGAUCCCAUGUACGCAAGGGAGAGUGUGCUGUGGUUGCCCUUAUAUGUUCUCAGUACCGGGGACCAUUGGGGCACUUAUGUUGCCGUUCGUAGCAGUGAGAUCUGGAUUGUGUUUAGAAGAAGGUUGUAUCAGAAGUCCUGACAGUUCUUGUAAAGUCUCUUUGAGUCCUGGUGAUCCAUUGUGUGUUGGAAAAGUUCUAGUUGAAAGCACAAUGUCAGAAUUAACAAACGUACAACUGCUCCAGGGAUACGGCUAUGUUGAAAUUGCUUUCAGGUUUUUGGGUAAACUAGAGCUGCAUGGUUUCUACAGGAUGUUCAAGGCUGCUGCUAAUUACAAGUCGAAAGCAUUUGCUGCCAUUACAGAGUUCCAGGUUAAGAGGGGUGUCGAAGUCACAUUUAGCAAUCUACAGGUUCCCUCUGCGUUGGGUGUUAAGAAUGGAAUCACAGCACUGGAAGUUGCUCUAGAUGUUGAAACUAGUCUUCUAGAUAAUACGUUAACUGCAAUAGAUAUUGCAGAGAGCCAUAACGACGCAGGGUUGGCCAGCUUCCUAAGAGAAUAUAUCCUGCCUGGACAACUUAAGGCAAAAAAGGAAGUGUUUGAGUAUAUCACGCAGUACCAUGCACUUGGCCAGGGUGUAGGGGAAUACAUCCUCAACGAGGUCCUUUACAAUAAGUAUCAACCAGAAACAAUUGAUAUAUUUGGGAUGACACAAGAAAAUAAAAAUUUUAAACGUGAACAAACUAAAACUAAUGAUGGAAAGAAAAUACCAGUCAACAGACAUGUACAAGUAGAACUGUAGUUACUAAGGACACUGACAGUAGAGAUGAUGGCAAAUUUGUCAUACAGCAUUUCAAAAGAUCCAUGAAAGGAAUGCUUUUACUAACUACCAUCGUUCUUCAAAUGCGUAUUCAUUUGUGGAAAACCAAAUUAGAUGGGUAUUUAAAUAGAUG